ACCCUUUCACAAAUGUCAGGUUUCUGGCAAUGCACAUUAGAUUUGCAGCAGUUGUGGCUAAUUUUGGGGAAAACAUAUAACAAAGAGUUCAUUUUAAAUUCUGUUUUUGGUUCAGAUUUGCUAGAAUGUUUACUCUUUGAACCAGUUGUGUGUUUUUGUCAAAUAUUUCUGAGGCUUACUGCUCAAAAAUUAACCAUCCGUCCAAUUAGCUGCACCCACUUUAUCUCUGAUGGAUAUUUAAAUGACCCGUUAGCACACAACUCAGUUAAUCUUCUGUUAAAAUGCUGAUGAAACACAGUUAAAGUGCCAGAGAAAUGUCUGCAAACAACAAAAAGCAUGCUGCCAAAGAACCCUGGCAAGAAUUUGAGUGAAGAAUGCAUGUAGGCAAAGUACCAGCUUUAAUCUGCAGCUGACAGCCAGUCAAGUAACCUUAAACACACAAAAAAGGAUGUAUUUGUCAUGAAAUAUUGGCUUGAUUUGGGAAAGACGGCACAGUUCUUCCUUGUUGAGACUGUUGAAAGAGCUAUGGAGGUUUUUCAAUGAGGAACAAAGUGACAGUAGAGCAAUUGAAAAAAAAUGAUGGGCAGAGAGCAGAACAAUCAAUCAGUCUGUCAAUCAGUUAAUUGUUUACAGUGUUAAUUGUCUUAUGCCUGUUGCAAAGUCAUUGUUGUCGCUCCAACGCUGAGUUCCAUGCAGUGAGUCAGUGUCUGCAAACCUGAUGAGGGGAAGUUGAGGUGGAAAGAACCUUUUAGAAAGAAAACUGUCAUUGUGACACAUCGGGUCACUUCACUGAACUCGUCUGGUGUAAGAGGGCAGGUAUUCCCCUGCAGUUAUUGCAGUUAAUGGACAAAAUGAACUCCACAGAGACAAAAGGUCGCCGGGUCUCCUCCCUGAGGUGCAACAUGCAGUAUGGAGUUUCUGAAAGUUUCAAAAAAAUCCAUAUGCAUACAUACAGUCAUAUAUAUAUACAUAUAUGUAUGUUUGUGUGUGUAUAUAUGGAUUGAAAGUAAAGAAGAACGAUACUUUCAAAAUAUUUCACAUAUUCAGUCAACCUGAACUGAUGCACCAGUACAAUGUUUCCUUCCCUGAGAAGGACACACCUCUUGCAUCCAAAAUACCUUAUCUAAGAUCUCGGGUCAGUUUCGAUGUCAUUUGCACAUCAUGUCCAGAGUGGAGGCGUUUAGGGACACGAACCUUCGCUCUCUGCUGAAGGAGCUCCGUACUGACAUUGCUAUGGCUGUGGAUGACCCUUUCCCUCUCGUCUACGGCUUGGCAGACAAAAAUGUCAUCACAGAGCAACUACUGAAGGACACUCUAGAGAAAGAGGGCAGAGAAGGGAUCCACAAGGCCAUGUACUCCCUCCUGUCCUGGGUCUUGGAGCAGAGCAGAUCCACUGUCCAGGCUUUCUGGAGCAACUUAUCCAAAGAGUACAAUCGAGACAGUUACCCAAAGCUGAAGACACUUCUUGCAAACCUGCACUCCAGGAAAGAUGCUGCGGCGUCCAAAAGUGAAAGCAGAUCUUCUGGUGGUCACAAGACUCACAGCAAAAAGAGGAGCCACGAAGACAGAGGGACCAAGUCUCAGCAUUCACAGUAUCAUGCCAAGAAAAGUGACGCAGCAGGGAGUAAAGUGAAGCUGUACAGAGUGAAGAGUGAGACCCCAGCUCCGCAGCUGCCAUCUGGAAACAGUGUACAAGUGGUGUCUUCCUCGGUCCAGAGAGGAGCUCCUUUGUCCUCCUCUUCCUCGGCCUCCUCUACGGAUCCACCAGUCAGUCAAGAAGCCAGAGAAAAUAUUCAUAUCAAGCAGGUUUACAGCUUGGAUGGAUCCACCAGAAAGUGCAUUGAAGUCGGUGGGGAGUUUUAUUCUUGUGGUUCGUCAGAGGAGACAAAUGCAGUGAAGUCCAAUUCUGCUUCUGCUCAGAAGACACUUCACCACCAGGGGCAGACAAACACACGGAUGAUUCACUUUAAUGAUGAUGAGUGUGCGGUGUGUAAGGAUGGAGGGGAGCUGAUUUGUUGUGACGGCUGUCCUCAAGCUUUUCAUCUGACUUGCCUUGACCCUCCACUCACAUCCAUACCAAAUGGCACUUGGCAGUGUGAGCGGUGCUGUGGACACAGAGUGAAAACAGAGAAAGCCCACAUACCUCUACAGGUAUUUUCUGCCCAGCCUCAGCAAGCAAACUCCAUCACCGAUGUUUCAUCCUGCUCAUCGCUGUCGUCGUCCUUCACAAGUGUCGCAGCAUCUAUGAAUGUGUCCACUGGCAAGAACCAGUGCUCAGGUGGCGAGCUGGUUAAUGUGAGGGAGGUUUGUGGUGUUUGUCACCUCGGAGGAGGAGACCUGACUCAUUGCCUUCAGUGUUUGGAACAUUUCCACGUACGCUGCCACUUUUCCAAAGGGAGGUCCAUCUGCUUGUCCUGCUGCAGGCCAUGGGGAGGAUCUGCACAGAAAGAGGCUGAAUCCAGGCAGCUAGCACCGGUGCUACAAAACACACUCAGUCAUGAUCAGAGCGUCACCGUCUCUGAGCCCAUCCUCCACAAAGAUGAGCUGGACUCCAUCCUGGGAGACCAGAACUCCAUUGAUGGCAUCUUGCAGUGGGCUUUCACCAACAUUUCUCGGCCUCUUCCAGACUCUCAGGGAUGCUACCAGUGACAGCUCAUCAGGCAGGCAAUAUUGCAAAUCUACACCGAUGAAAUGAGUGCAUAGACAAUUAAAAUGAGCUGACUGAAUACACAGAACCAAGUGAAGAUGAUUUGAUUCUUUGUUUCUUAAAGUGCAUGAAAUAAAUGUCUGGUGACUGAC